CGCCACCGAGCCCCUGCUGGGGUUCAUGUUCUGGCCCGUGUGUCGGCUGCCAGUUCCAGGGUGUAACGACUGGGAAGGCAGUAGCAUGCUAGCUGCAUCUGAACCCACUGCAGCACUUCCCUGGGUUCGACAAAGCUAAUGUGGGUUAGCUGCCUCAGCUACCAAGAAACGCCCAUGUUAUUAGUGUUUGUGUGCACGGUGCGAAUGAAGGGAGCGGCGGCGCGGUCAAUGUUGUUGUUUAUCCAAAGCUUCAGGUGUCCGACAUGUUCUUACUAAAUGUUGGGUCACACAUGCUGCUCACCGGGGGUUGAUCACACACUUCCUCAUGGCUGCGGUUAUCACUGAAACAUGCCACUUCCACUAAAAGCGGGUCACCCGAGUGUACGUGUUGACUGUAAACUUCUCCAGCAUCAUAUGAGGCCACGGGCAGCCCCUCUCUCCAGAUGCACGCCUGUUAACUGGGUGGCCUCUGAGAGCUGACACCCGGCACGAACUUUACUGCUAAAGACAUGCGCCAUUUUACAAAGCAUCCUCUAAACAUACGUUGCUGUCUUUGCUGUUGGCCAGUCGUUCCUUCUUUGUCAAUAUCAAGCGCUUUUUGAAUGGUGUGGUUUCUGUGAGUGUAUGGAAAGAGGGACUUUUCGUCAGAGAGCAGAGGAACAUGCCGCUCACUGAUGUAAGCUGUCACCUCAGAGUUAAAGAAUCACUAAACCAGCCGCACAGCCUCGCUUCAAGAGAGCAAAGCUUUGUGAUCUGUCCAAAAUAUUGCAUGUGUUGCAUUAUUUACAUUUGGUACAUUUGGUAUCAACCUGUGUCUGUGAUUACAUUCACAUGGCCUCCAGUACUCCGACUACUGCCCUUAUUCUGACAUCAGACUUUAUUUCAACCAUGGUGUUUGCACAAGGUGCUUUUAUAAUAUUCCUUUCCUAUUUAUAUGUCACACGCAUAAUCUGAUUAUGACUCAAACCACUAUGUCCACUUCAUCUUUCAGACCUGUCAUUCCGCCCGUUUUAACCUGUAACAGUUUGACGAACGAUGCUACCUUAAACCAUUUUAGGUGUAUAUUCGGAUUUCUCCACCUAUCGUAAUAUGAUUGUUGCCUAUUCUGGUUAAGGAAAUCAGAAAAUGCUCUUUACCAGGCAGUGCGCUAUUCACACUAUUGCUUUAAUCAGGUUAACUUUGGAAUGUUGUUUUUUUCCAUAUUGCCAGUCAUUGCAAGGCUUUGAUAUAGGGACAAUGAGCUGCUGAGGUCAAUGACAGAUUCCAAAAAAGAUAUAAGUAAAUCCAGAAAAGGAUGUUUUCCCUUCGUUAGUUUUUUGAGGUAUGUCAGAAAAUGCCAAAUGUUGUGUUUUUUUCUUUUGGCAUGGACUUUGUCUACCGACGCUUGUAUGAUGAGAGAGAGAGAGAGAUGCAUUUGUGAUGGAUGACGCAGUAAAGUUGACUGUAGAUGGUCUGUUAUUUACCCUCAACACCCGACAUUGAACGGAGCAAACUGCGGAGAAGUUCCUGAGGAUGGAUGACAAAUGUUGGGACACUGUUGCAGUUAAUGUUGGAGCAACAAGUAUCCGAGUCUUGGUGGAUGCUAGAGAGAAGCUACACAUCCCAUGGGGCAACCCAUCUAACCGGAGGCACGGUGACACCAUGAUGGCCUUUGACACCCGGUCAGCGAUGUCUCACGGUCACGGCAUGGUGGAGGCCAAAAUUUUUCAGCACUACUUGCCCUCCAUCUCUGCCCUGUGGGCCGACCAGGGCAUCCAGAAUGCAUAUGACCGCCGCAGGGAGUUCCAGCUGGGGGAGUCCGUCAAGUAUUUCCUGGACAAUUUGGAAAAACUCGCACAGUCGGACUACCUCCCUAGCCAGCAGGACAUCCUCCUGGCCAGAAAACCCACCAAGGGCAUCCACGAGUACGACUUUGAGAUCAAGAACGUGCCCUUCAAGAUGGUGGACGUGGGUGGUCAACGCUCUGAGAGGCGUCGCUGGUUUGAAUGCUUUGACUCGGUCACUUCCAUCCUCUUUCUUGUCUCCUCCUCAGAAUAUGAUCAGGUGCUGAUGGAGGACCGACAGACCAACCGGCUGAGCGAGUCCCUCAACAUUUUUGAGACCAUCGUCAACAACAGAGUUUUCAGCAAUGUCUCCAUCAUCCUGUUCCUGAACAAGACAGACCUGCUGGAGGAGAAGGUGAAGCAGGUGUCCAUCAAAGACUACUUCCACGAGUUCUCGGGCGACCCCACAAGCCUGGCAGACGUCCAGCGCUUCCUGGUGGACUGCUUUCGCAAAAAACGCCGCGAGCAGCUGCAGAAGCCGCUCUACCACCACUUCACCACGGCCAUCAACACUGAGAAUAUCCGUCUGGUGUUCCGUGACGUCAAGGACACCAUCCUUCACGACAACCUCAAGCAGCUGAUGCUGCAGUGAGGGAACUGAACAGGGGGAGGGAGGGAGGGAGAGGUGGAGGCAAAUGAAGAGUGGAAGUCGGGGUGCCUUUUUCCUUACCCUCCCCCCACCGCCGGCCUGUUAACGAACCAGGCAGUGUCACUUUUGAACUUUGACUGUGUAUUAAAGGCACCACUACUACCGCCAUUCCCCCCCUCCACCCCCCACGCUUGCUCUCUGCCUUACUGAGCUUGUUCACUGUGACUUAUAACGGCUGCUUCUGACUCAGAGCUCCGACCACCCUUUGACCCUUAAAACCACUGUAAAUGACCUCUGCCCCUUGGACCUUGCCGACACCUUGUCAUAUCCUCCCUGUAUGUUUUGCUCUGAUUAACAUCCUUACACUGUCCCUUUAUUCACUGCUGCUCUGACCACUGUUGAUGGGGAUUGGGAGGGGCUUGUUUGGAAUUGGCGGCUCUGUUGCCAGAUGUCACCUUCCUUUUGCUGAACAGUCCUUUUGUUUUGUUCAUGGGUUUACAUCUGCUUUCCACCAGACCUCAAAGAUGACAUCACCGGGGCAGGUGGGGUUUUCUUCUGAGAGCCGUGGAACAGGAAAGAACAGAACACGCACACACACCCACACCCACACACACCCACACACACACACAGACACACACAGAUAGGAAGUCUACUAGUUUUCUAAUCAUUUACUUUCUUUUUCUAGUCUAUGAAUAUACUGUAUAUACCUAUGCAUUUCCUUUAACUUAUAUUUUAUUAGGGUUUACACCUUGUGGAUGGGUGACUGCUGGUGGACUCUGUGCUCUCAGUUUGGGGGUUCAGAGAGCACGAACAAACACAAAUAGACCACUUGUAAAAGAAACCACCGUGCCGUCAGGCUUGAUAGGGUUCAUCAUGAGCAUCAUAUUUAAGUUUUUCUCAGGGCACAUUGUGAACCACUUGUCCGGGAUUUCAAGUCACAGCUCUCCUGGCUCUGCCCCUCCACAAGUCAGCUAUUACAGGGUCUUUUCACUGCAUGUCAGCAGAAAAGAAUGGUCCAAAAAACUGUGGCUAUCUUAUACCUGGAACACAUUUGACCAUCAGGCUCUGGACUACAAGAGGCUGGGGACCCACUUUCCUCCUGGUAUUAACUUAUGAUCUGUACGUGGACGACCACAGACAUUUACAUUUACAUCUGCCUUUAAUAAGUCGUUUUGCUACCUGCCUUACUUUGAUUUCUCUUUUAUAAUUUGUUCAGAAUUUUCAACCAAAGAUGGCAACAUAUUAUGGUUUUUCAAAUGUGGGGACUUCUCUCCCCUAAUCUAAUUUAGUGAACUGGAAAUUUGUAUGAAAAAAACAAUACGUGUGAUGACAUCAGCUUUCAUUAAUCUUCCAGUUGCUAAUUAGAGCAUCACCCAGCAUAACCUGGGUUAGAGAAUCUAGGAGGUUAGACUGGCAGCAUUUACAAAUCUAUUCAGAUCUCGUGCUAAUACCAGGGCUACACUGCGUCUGUGCGUUCAUUUGAAAAUAAUUUGUUCCCUUCUUGAGGUAAACUAUUUAGGCUUAAAAACAUAAAGCGUAAUGUAGUUUGAAUGUUGCAUUGACCAUUUAGUGAAUGGUUUCUCCAUGGGUGGUGAUAAAGGAUCUGAUUGAGGUUGAAAAUGGUCAUAUUUAAUUCUGCAGCUCUGUGGAAUCUCAAAUCCAAGCCUGCAUUUCUUAUGUCUCCACCUUAUCUUACCACCUUGAGCGUAUAAUACAAGAGGUGAGGAGGUGGCUCGACCUCUGUUUUGCUGGCUCAGAAGAUACCUGUUGAUCCUGUCUGUCUUUCCCCUCCACACAUCCUGACCUAAAAAGAAAAGGGAAAAACCAGCCUGUAUGUUUCUGGCCACGCUCUUAGCUAAUUUUCUAAUGUCUAAUUCGCUGUAAUGCAUCUCUCAGACCAACCUCACUCUCACCCUAAGAGUUGAUGUAACCCCUCCACAUAGAUGUCUACGUAUGAGUGUUUUUUUUGUUUUUUUAUUUACGGAUGGUGGUAUUUAAAACCUAAACAGCCCCAUUAAUCUGCCUCCUCCAGUUGUGUCGAGAGCAUGAACACCUCCAGUUAACUGGUUCCACUGGUUCAUACUAACACUUCGGCAGAAGUUAAUGGAUUAUAAUAAGGUGUAACUCAAGCCUCUAAUGUCGUGAAGUUGGCCUGUGGUUGAGCUGUUGCGUCUCCCCCUUCAACAGAAAUGCUUUUAUUGGUUAAGGUCACAGUCCUGUGUUUGUGUGGAAACAGCGUCGUUCCAUAUGAACCAGCAAAGCUACGUCGCUAUUUUUUAGUCUUGCUAGUUGUAGUUAGAAAUGGCAGCUAAUCACUGAAAAGACCCUGUUCUUCCUGUUUCAUGCUCCUGUGAUCCCACAGACACAGACAUUUCCGCCUCCUCUGGCAGGUGGUUGCUCAUGGUGUCCUACCCCGUGUCUACACUGGAAGUGUCUCGGCCCCCUUUAGUCUUCUGUCUCAGUUUGAUUUUUGCACAGGGUCGUAACAGCUUGAGUUUGACUCGUUUAACUUGAAGAACAUAGUGAGCCUUUAGAUGACGUGAGGCAAAACCAGUUUGUUGAGCUGCACCAACAUGAGAAAAGGUUUUAUUCAUGUCUUUUUAGUGGCUGGGUUAUGACCCAACUACUGUCAAUUACAUGCCCUUGAUCGUUUUUCAAAUUCUAACCAUAAUCAAGAGUUUAACUCUGAUAUAUGAAUUCAACAUGGCCAUCGGGGAGUAAACAUAAUGCUCUGUAAUUAUGUAACUAACCCAAGGAAAGUGGAUUUAGUGUUUUAAAGACCCAAGCAACCAGUGUACCUUCGUAUUUUACCUUUGGGUUUUUUGACGAGUCAUUUGGUUUUUAUGCCUGUGUUUUAGGGUUGUCCAUUCGUCCCAUUAUAUGCAAUAUCUCAAAGCCCGGAGGGAAUGUUUUCAAAUGUGUACAGACAUUCACCUGGACUCAAGGAUGAGAUGAUUAUAUUUUGGUGGUUAAACGUCAGUUAUAUUCUAAGAAUUUUGGAAAAAGAAAUAGUGUAGAUGGUAACUGCACUGUUCGUUAUUUCUAGUUUUUAUAGAAUCAAAUAAUGAAUUAAAACCAAACUUAUCAGAAACAUGACUAUAUAGUAUGAUAAGAACUCCCUUAAAUAACAGAAACCAUCUUUAAUUUUACAUUUACUUUGUCUUAGUUUGAGCCAUGUCCCAUCUGUUAACAUGUUGGAAGCAAGGUUUACCACCGCGCUUAAGGGAGCUGUCAUGUCUUCCAUCAAUGGUCCAUGGAUUACACAGUUGAAAUGUGUUUUUAGAUUUUGAUACUGUGUACACAUGAAUAGAAGCCAAUAGGAAUUGUAGUCUAAUUUGUAAUUUAGUCUUAAAAUAUAACAUCAUCUUUGGGUCACACACUUCAGAUUUACUUCUGUUUUAAAGCACAUUUAUCGUUUGUUUCUCUUUUCUUCUUACACUCCCACAAUUUAGCUUUGAGUUAACAAUUGCCUUAAUCAGUGACAUCGAGGGUGAGAAGGACCCGUGAGAGAUAUUGGAUCCCCUGUCUCCCAGGUAGCUGGUUGAGUGUCCCCAGGACAACCAGGAUGCCUGCUGCCACUCAGCAUGUGUGCAAGCAUGCAGCGAGUCACGUGGCUGAUUUCUGGUGUGCGUGCAUAUUCCCAAUUUAAACAGAGGAAGUUCAGUGAAUUCUCCAAGCUUUACAGUGCCAGUCAGCAUGAUUCUCCCUCUGUCAGCCCGUCUGCGACCGGGUGACACAGCUUCUUUGUGUGUGUCACAAACACACUGUCUCCUGUCUGCUGCUUCUCGGACAGCAUAAAGCUUAAACCCAGCAGAGGCCUCAUUGUCUGGAUUCAGACCGCUGUGUCAUGUCGUAAGGACAGAAGAAAGCCUGUAGUGACACACGCACGCACACAUGCAUGUCUCUCAAUAGUUGUGGAGACACUCAUUGACAUAAUUGGCCUUCCCUAGCUCCUUACUCUAACCCUAAGCAUCACAAUUAAAUUACUAAACUUUUUCUAUUCUAACCCUAAACUUAAAUCCAAGUCUUGAAUUAGUGACGACAGUCAAAAAUGUCCUCAAAAUGAUGGUAUAGAACAAAAAUUGAUCCUGAUAACUAUAGACAGACAUGCGUGAACACACGCACACACACACACACACACACAAAGUCACAGCAGAGCAGAGGCUGUGUCAGUGUACAGGCCUGUUUUUGAUGAUGGUACACUGUCUCUGCUCCUCUGGGACGUCUCGUUUUCCAAUAAUAUAAUGUCGUGACUCCACAGUCGAUCAGUUGACCUGUGGCCUGCACGAAAGAGGAGUUGCAUCCUUCCAAAGCACUUAUGUUUUUUAAUUGCCUUCCACCAUCUGAUGGGUUGAGAAAAGGAUCUGGAUUUUACAGAGGAGAAAAGAGAAAAGAAUUUGGUGAUAAAUAAACAAGCCUCCUAGAUGAAAGCACAGAAUUCAUUUCUUUAGAUCAGUUUGGACAGAGACUAACACAAGCUCAAAGUCCGUUCAAUGUAUUGACAAAUUCUGACAUUAAAUUCAGAAUCUCAGAACUCUUUGUCUUUCUUCUCUUGCAAGCAGAUCAAUGGUGGCUGUGUUAAAACGACUGUCUGCUGUUGUGUUAUAGCUCCCUGACGGGAUUGGUCUGCUUUAAACAAACAAGCGUGUACAAUGUGUAGUGUUGUGAAUGUCCACUGCGGAAGGCAGCGUGUUCACCACACGUCUUUAAACCUCCAAGAUCACUGUGACUUUUGCGUGUCUUUGUCAUCUAGUCACCUUGAAAGCAUCCUUGGUUCUUUGACUUGAGAAAUUAUAGAAGCAGUCAUGUGAAGGAAGAAUGGAUUUAAAUAGCUGGAGAGAACAGUGUAGCCUCUGCCUCCACCUGCUCCUCCAGUCAGUGGACCAGUCACUGUGUAAAGUCAGAUUAUAAUCUGACAGCCUUUUUCUCAGACGGGCUCUGGCAGACCCCGAAGCCUAAUCCAAACUGGAACCUCAGCUAAACAUGAAGGACCUGUUUGUCCCCUUUGUGCUCACGGGCUGUACUGUGUGUUAUCUGUUGGAUUGUGGUCCAGGCUUUGUAAUGGGGGGGGGGCAGCAUAGUUCCUUGUUCACCAUGUACCUUCCAGCUUCCCACAUAGAGCAUGUUCAGACCUGGUAUUAACUUAACAGAUGUCCUAACCCUAACCCUGAGAUUUGUCAAUAGGUCCUGUGGUGGAGCGGCUUUGGGUCUGCUGGCCCUCAGUGUUGUGCUGUCACACCGAGGGUUCUGGUGGGAAUCAUUAUUUCUAAUCCGGGAACAUUAAAGAUCUGCCUUUAACCCGGAGGCCUUGUUAGAGUUCUGCUCCCAAAGCUCCACUCUGAGCAGUGUCUCCCUUUUCUAAAACUCUGCCUUUGACUUUGCCUUUGAACCAUUGCUGCGAUACUGGUUUUCUACACUGCAGCCUGCGUCUGACAUCAGCGCUCGGACUGGAAAGCGAUCAAUGAAAUAUUUCCACUGAGCCACCAACCAUUGUCCAAACUAUGCAACCACACUGGUCUAUUGAUGUGUUACAACUAAUCAUGAGCUCACUGACUGACGAUUCCCUUAAUGCUAAUGUUUUAUAGAAAUAUUAUCUGCCGAAUAUACUGAUGUUUCUGUGCCUCCUCUUCCAACUCUGCCUCUACUGUCCAAACAUGUUGACAAUGGUUUUAUAUAGUGUUUUUUUUUAUUAUGCCACACAAGCAGUCUGAUGUCCACAUACUAAAUAGAUCACAAGAACCAUUUCUUUCCCAGUUUUGGUAUUUUCAGAUAUGUACAGUCUAACUUAUACUGUCUUACCCUUCUACUCUCCUAAAUAAAUCCAGCUGUUUUUUUAAA